AUGUGGCCCCGCAGGUCCCACUCGACCUCUGCUUCUGGCCCUCCGUCCGAGAUCGAAGCCAAAGCCCCUUCUGCGACUGUCGCUUCAGCGGAGCAUGACCGUGCGUUGAUUGAUCGCCUGCCCGAACCCCUCCGCGAGCCUUUCGAGUUUACCUGGAAGAGUACUGGCCUUCGCCUUUAUCUCCUCAAGGAACUGUCUGAGUACGACGAUUUCAACGAGGUCAAAAUCAACUCGGUGAACCGUUUGCUCGAUGUUUUCGCGGAUGUUCCUCAAUUAGAUAUCAAGAAGCGAUGCCUUGAGCUGAGGAACGAGGUGACCGACAAAUCCUUGGUGGUCGAUGACCCGCAGAUGGCCAACUCCAUGAUUGGAUGGAUUCAAGAGUGGGAGGGACAGCUAGUCCACACGUUCCCCACCAAUGUUCGCGAGCUGAAGCCUGCCCCGGGCCAACAACGAGCCCGGGAAGAUUGGCCUGUGCCUGUCGACCCUGUCUACGCACGCCACAAUACGACCAAGGAGAUUCUGACUGAAAUUCACGAAUCAAUUUUCGGCCCCAACCGCUCCUAUCGCUCCACAUUCAGCGGUUUGCAAGUCGCCACCAUGCGCGGCAUGGGCAAAACAACCUACGGCGCGAACAUUAUCACGCACCUCCUCAAGGCUCUCGAGCAUCCAGCAGCAGAUCUCGGCUUUUCAGAGGAGCGCAGGUCAUUGUUGACGAAUCUGCUCACCCAUCGUACGCAGACCGUCUUCAUUGAUUUCAACGGUCGAGGCGACGGUCUCGAACCUGAAGAUAACUUUCGCAAGCACAUCUGGCUUGCCAAACGUCUUGCUGCUCGCGGCCUGCUGGACCUCCCUAUCCACAAAUGUCGUGAUCAGCUGAGUCGACUGACCUACCUCUUAGUCUCAGAAGUCAUCCACGAGCUCUGGCGACGCUUGCGCGAGCGCCAGCAGAUUCCUGACGAUGAACACGCCCUUCUGAUCAUCCACAUCGACGAGUAUCAGCUUGCCCACCGCUUCCUUGCUGAGCAAACAAAUGCGGAGGCCGCCACCGGCACGCUGGCCAGUGUUUUGAGCGAGAUUCUUAACUGCAACUUUGACUCGAAGAAGAACACUGUGGUGAAAACGUGGGAAUCCGAGGAACCUCCGAUUCAGCCUCACGCGCAGUGGCGGAACACACGAGAGUUUCUUCAGUUUGUUCACGAUGUUGGCGGUUCUCCAAAGCUUCUUUCAAGUCUUUCGUCUCAUCCUGAGCUCGCACUUGCGCCAAACGAUCACACCAUUGUCACGGUUUUGGAUCACUUCGCAAAGCGACUCGCGACCGUCCCGCUCGAUUUAGUCGGUGACGAGCAAGACGCCUUAGCGCUUGCCGAUCUCGUGCUGACUCAGCGGCCUGUUGUGCCAUCGACACUAGUUGGUCAGUUCACGGUUGAACAGCUCGCCUACCACGGCAUGCUGUCUCUCGCUCCAACGGCCCAUGGUAUGGUCGUGGUCGGCUGUCCUAUUCAUUACAUGCACGCCCUGCUCAACCGGAACUUUGCAACGACCCGCGCGUCUGCAUUGUCUUUGUUCCGGCUCCCUUUCAACGAUGCUGGAGACAGGGAUAUUUUCGAAACCGCGGCGCACUUGUCGUUGACGGCACAGCUCCGCUUGCUCGGUAAAAGUGGUUCGUCUCCCGAUGUUGCCAGCCUUCUACGCAUCAAUUUCUUGAAUUCGCAACCAACUCCUGAUUUUCGCGGCUUUAUUCACCCGAACGCAAUUUUCCACGCCUUCUCCCCGUCUGCUUCUUACGUGCCGAUCAUCGAGGACACGCAGAUCCUGUCCAACCGUCGCUCGACCUUCAACUUCUUCACUCGUCGGGUUCAAGGAAGAAGCCCCUGGUCCCGCGAGCAAGAGGAUUUAGGUUGCAUGGCCUCCUGUGUUGACGCCCCAGCAAACGGCAUUCCGGUAGUUCAGAUAGCGAAAAACACUUACGGAGUCGACAUGUGGGUCGUUCUUCCCGCUCAGCGCAAAUUGUACGCAAAGACGAAACCCGUGUUGCUUCUCUUCCAAUUCAAGCAUCGUCAAGUCGUGAGUCAAAACGAAACUUUCAGCACUCUCCAGAGCAGGAUCAAAACGACUCUAGAGAAGGUGACCGCAGGUGUUACAGACCCGCAGACCGGCGAGACCGUCUGCGACGUGCUGAUGGUUGUGAUGGUGACUGGUACCGCCAGUACACGCCCGAACGAAGCCACUCGUCUUGCGGCAGAUCGAAAAUGGGCCAAAGCACUGGCAACGUUUAACAAGGAACCCGACCCUCGUGUGAUUGUUCUCAUGGACGAGGAUGUGCGCCGAGUUGUGCCUUUCAUGUGGUCGCGCUUUCCCGACACUGGUGACUGGGUCGUGCCGAGCAAAGCCGAUGCGUCCCGCCAGGCUGACGAUUUGUCCAUCUAG